GAUUCUUCUGGAACUUUUCUUCCCAGUUUUCCUCACAAGUUAGCCCUCGCUGUGCUCGAGAGCGAGAAAUUCCGCUGUGUUUUGUUGACACAUAACUAACAACUUUUUGGCGGAAGAAGAGAGUGAGCAAGAAAAUGGCACCUUUGAAGUCUCUGGAGCAAUACCCAAGAAUAAUCAACUCCCAUUUCCUAGCAUUUUGUGCUUCUCAUGGCAUUUUGACAGUAGAAGAUUUCCUCCUUCACGACAUCUAUGAAUUAGCCGCACUUGCAGAACAACAGCCUGACCCUGAGGGAUUAAAGGAGGGAAUUGAAGAGCUCCUCUCUAUGGUUGAUGGUGAACUUCAUCAACCAUGGAUGAAUGGCAUGGAUCUGUUGGCAGAUUCUCUGCAAAAUAAACAUGUAUUAUCAACUGGGUGUGAAGGUAUUGAUUUGUUACUUGGAGGCGGAUUACGAGAGGGACAGUUAACAGAACUCGUUGGCCCCUCAUCUUCUGGCAAAACACAAGUUUGUCUACAAGCUGCCUCAAAUGUUGCAGAAAAGCACAUGGGACGUGUUGUUUACUUAGAUACAUCCAACUCUUUCUCACCCCAGCGUAUUGCCGAUUUUGUUGAUUUGGCUACACACAAUUUUCUCCAGAAUGUUAUGAAAAACAUCUUAUGCCACUCCGUGUUUGACAUCUUCACAAUGUUCGAUAUUCUGCAUCAGCUUGAACUCGAUUUGAGAUCUCAGAAUGGACCUCGUCGUGUGCGCUUGCUUAUUGUCGACUCAAUCUCCUCUCUUAUUACUCCAAUUCUUGGAGGAAGUGGUUUGCAAGGACACUCUUUGAUGGUAUCUGCUGGAUGUCUGCUAAAGAAGUUGGCGCAUCAGCAUAAUCUUGUGGUGCUAGUGACCAAUCACACAGUGGGAGGGGAGGGAGGUGCUCCAAAACCAGCUCUUGGAGAGUAUUGGAAGAGUAUUCCACACGUGAGACUUAUGCUUUCCCGUGAUCGCGGAAACAACACCUGUAGCAUUUCCAUAUUAAAACACUCAUCCAUGGCUCCUGGGGUGGCUGCAAGUUUUACAUUUCGUAGCUAAUAACACAGCUGAAUUAAUUUUUUUCUGAACGUUAUGCAGAGAUGGCAGGUGAAGCCAUCCCCAUUUUGAGCAAAGAGACUCAGAAUA